UCCAUGGCGGCGUUCAAAAUCAAAUAUCCGAUCAAAACUUUAGUUGUGUUCAAAAUUUCCCCACUCUGACCGAUUGGACCAAGUUACAACAUUAGAAAUAUGUUGGACGCACCUGAAACGGCUGAUAUCCAAGAACAACUGGAUCAGAAGGAGAGGGAGUGGAAGCAGCUAUUGGAAAAGCAAAUGAAAUCACUAGAUACAGCCUACAAGGAGAAAAACAAACAAAACAUCGAAUUACAGACACGAUUUGACAAGCUCAGCGAUGAUUUUAAGUUCAACCUGAAAGUUGUUGAAGAGAGGGAUGAAGACCUAAGCCAAUACGAAGUAGCUCUGAAAGAUGCACAAGCACAAGUCACUGAUCAAAAACUAGACUUGAGUGAGUGUAGGAUUAAAAUUGAAGAGCUACAGCAGACUCUGGCUAAUGAGCAGGUGGCUAAGACUCAGUUGCAGAGUGACCUUUGCCUGCGACUGAGAGGGAUGCAAGCCGACCAGGAUGCUUACAGGAGUGAAAGAGAUGCGGAGGAGCAGAAGGAGCGUAAGCAGAUGGAGGUUGUGAGGCGAGAUCUACAUAGACAAGUGGCAGCACUGCAGGUGGAGCUGCAGACGCAACGCAGAGAACUUGCGGCCAAUUACGCGGACGCAGCCCGAAAACGGGAGCAUGAAGUCUCGCUAGAGCUGGACGAACUAAGUGCAACACUGCUCAGUUACCAAUCGCAGGUGAAGAUGCUGAGUAGAGAGCGAGAUAGUGCAGCAGCGAGUAAGCAGGAGCUGGCUGAGCAGCUGGAGGCGGCAGAGGUGUCGUCAAGCACUCUGGAGCAGCAGCUCAGGAAGAAGCAGUGGGAAGCUGACGAUCAGGCAUCCACGAAGGAUGCAACAGUAUUGGAACUUCAGGGGCGGUUGGAACAAAUGGAACACUCGAUACAGCAAAAGGAAGACGAGCUUGUGGAAAAACAUAGAGAUGUUGAUGAGUUUGCAAAAGAGAAAGAACUUGCUGUAGUAAGAGCCAAGGAAGCUCACGCUGAAAUAGAGCGAAAUCUGCGUGACAAUGAACGCCACCUACAGGAAGAACUCCACAAUGCUCGGGCCGAUCUCAGACGACUGGAACGGGAAAAUGCAGACUUGAGGAAGGAUAAGGAAACAGAAGUGGAAAGGCUGCGGGUGGAGGUGGCCCGCGUGACGACCGGCGGUCAGAACCAGCUUGCUGAGCUGUCGCGGUCGAUCAUCAGCAAGGACACUCAGCUGGCAGCCCUGAAGCAGGAGGCAGGCGUGCUCAGGUGCGAGCUCACGAAACGAAAGGAUGACAUCGAGAGGUACAAGGCAGACUUGUCGGCCGCUGCGGAGCGAGAAGCGGAAUUCGAACAGAGCAAGGAGAAGCUGACGCUGGACUGGCAGAAGAGAUGCGAGACUGCAGAGAAUAGACGAUACGCCAGCUCCGAGAAACUAGUGCAGCGACUUAGCAAGGCUAGAGAUGAGUGUCUGACUACUCUGAAAGAGCGGGAGAAGAUACUGCAGCAGCUCAGAGUACACGUCAAGUUGUUGACGAGUGAACGCGAUAGUGCGACGGCAACGCUCAAAUAUCACGGCAUUCCACUGCUGAAAGAUCACGCUGUGGAAGCGAGUGAUACCGGGUGUGAAAUGGCUUCGUCGGAAGCUGAGACACUGAGGCGGCAGAACGAAAAUCUUCGUACGAUCAUCAAACAGAUGCGGGUGGAGAUGGAGAGUUUGCCCUUACCUGAGAAGCAAGUACCACAGGCUGCUGCGCUCAGCCACCAGGAUAUAUCUACACCUACCAAUAAGCGUCGGCUCUCAGAUGGGAAGUCACCCGAGGCAGUGGGCGGCGCGAUGUCGCAGCGAGGAGCGCCGUCGCUGCAGGACAGGGUGAGUGAGCUCGAGCGCGAGAUGCACAAUCGCCCGUGCGUCGCGCCGGACCCUGCGGCAGACGCCGAGGCCGCGCUGAAGAACGUCGACAGCGCCAUCAUACACAGCCACGUGCAGCAACUCAACGACACGAUCGGCAAGCUGAGAGGUGAGAAGGUGCAUCAGACGGCACAGCUGAGGAAGCAGCAAGUUCGCAUUGCCCACCUGGAGUCGCAGGUUCAGCAGCUGGAGCAUCUCCCGCGUGAGAGCCAGGUGGAGAUCGAUCAGCUGAGACCACCGGCUGCGGGCGGCGGACGAACAGCACACGCAGGAGCAGUCGUCCGCUGCGCCACCGCGCGGACACCGCCGAGGCGUGGCUCGCGGAGGCGCGCAAGGAGGCCGAGGCCUACCAUCGCAGCCUGCUGGAGAGCAACGGAAAAGCGAGGUGAAUACGUGAAAGAGCAGGGGAGCUGGAAUAACCUAGGAUUCCAAAGCCAGUUACCCUAUUGGCUUUUAGUAUUCAACUUAAAAAUGAAUCUAUCGAACAAAAUGCCAUCGUGCAACUUCGGAGCUCAGGAGCUGGUGAUACAGCAGCUACAGGACGAGCUAGGGUGCCUCAGAACCAUGCAUGCCUCUCUCCCAGUGACGAUGGCGCCAUCUGUAGUGCCUCCAAGUGAAAACAGCUCUGUAGAAGCGAUAAGCAGGAAACUGAAGCUAGCGUUAGAACAAAUCCAACUGCUGUCAAUGGAAAGAGACAAGCUUCUGGAAAUGGGAAACAGACUAAGGUCAGAGUUGUACACAUUGAAAGAAGAAAGAGUGGUAGAUAAGGCAGACAAAGCUGCAAACACUGUGCUCAGCUCGAUUGAACCACGAGGCUACACCCAAACCAAACAGGUGGCACGAGGCAGUGAUGGUGACGCCAGUAUUCCUCUGAGUAGCCGUCUUGCACCGGAGAAACCUCUCUCUCAGAGAGUUCCACAGCGAGGUGCAAGGUCAGGAGCAAGGUCGGCAGGGCGCGUCGCUGGUCCCGGCGGCGUCUCGGUAGAACCGCUGCUUUUCAGUGUGUCAUCGGGCGGUUCCUCCCUGCAGGAGGUGUGGCGGCUCGUGGAGCGGGGAGAGAGUCCGUCGAUCGUCACGCCCGCCGCCGCCGAGCAGCGAGCGACGCGUGCACAGUCUUGCCGUGAUGUGCAGCAUCAGGCGAAUCUCAAAGUAAAAGGAAAGAAAUCUGACCUAGUCACCAAAUCUGCUCUCACAAAGAAAAUUGGAAGCAAACAGAAAUUAAGAAAUUAUAAUAUAAAAAGUGAUGGGUGAAGUAAAUGAAGGUAGAAAAUAUCUGUGUAAAAUUGUCAUCGUUCAUUUGUCAUAAUUGCAAACUGUGUAAUUAAUUGUAGUUGUGUUAAAGUAAACUGUAAAUCAAUUCUGUAUCUAAACGGUUAUGACAAAAUAAAUAGAUGCUGGUCAUGUACAAUU